UUCCUCGUCAGUCGUUAAGCCGCGAAUAGUACGAGUAGUCAGAGAAAAGAGGAUAAGCAAAAGCUCCCAAUGGAAGCGCAGCUGCUUCUGCAAUCUCUGGCCCUCCCUAUCUCGCCCGCAUCGAGCCGUCCCUCGUCCCCGCGCCGCGGAGCCUCCCUCAAGACCGCCUUCCGCGGACGCCACGCGCACGCCCGACGGGUGCCUCGCACUUUGGUCGCGAAGUGCAGCGUCUCCGAAGGCGAGCAGAGCGGCGACUCGAAGGACGCGCUGUCGGGCGUGGUGGGCGUGCGGGUGGAGGAGCUGCUGAGCAGGGAGGAGAACCGGGGAUUGCUCGACGGGCUGGAGAGGGCUUCGCGGAGGGUGGACGAGGCCAGGAGAGAGCUCGCGGAGAUCGAGAGGCAAGAAGUGGAAGCUCGACGGAUGAGGAAUUACAUCGAACAGCUCGAGAGCAGAGCUUCUGAGAUUGCAGAAUCCCAGAGGGAACUAUCGGAAGCAAGGGCCUUGGUCGAAGAAGCCGAGCGCUCACUCUCCCGAACCGCCAAAGCUCGGGAUGAAGAACGAGAUGGUGCGCAAAUUAAUCGCGAAGAAGAGAGAUGGGAGUCUGUUAAAGCAGCUUCUGUAUCUGCACUGGUAGGUACCCUCGCGGGUCUACCGCUAUCGCUCGCUCAGGUGGCCGCGGUGUCCCAGCUGGUACUCCCUUCAGGGAUCGACUUCAUCAGCUGUGCGCUGUUCGGGAUCACCUUCCGCUACGCAGUCAGAAGAGACUUGGACAACAUUCAGCUCAAGACAGGAACGUCCGCGGCUUUUGGAUUCGUUAGAGGUCUUGCUUGCCUGGGCGCAGGCCCGCCUCUGGAACUGAAUUUGGAAAGUUUCCUAUCGCACGCCUUUUCCGGCGCGGUGUACAUCGCCGAAGGUCUGCUUAUAUUUGUUUUCGCGGCGGUCGCUCUAGAAUUCUGCUUCAAGAUGCGGGUUUUGAGCCCUUUUCCCAUUGAAAGGCCAGAAUCAAGAACAGGUUAGACGCGAUGUACAUAUGUUUUUAUCAGCUGAUCACACAACGUUAUUCACUGCCCAAAGUCUGCGAUUUCUCGACGCCAUUGCCCCGGCUCGGUUCGGGUAGUUUAGUCUCGAAAACUGGUCGAGCGGAUUAAAGCGAGAAGGAGUGAGUUCAUAUAAGAACCCAGAUGGCACACUAGUUCAGUUGGUACAAUUUCUAUGAUCCUAAGAUGGUGAAAGCUACAUUGAUUUUCUGGAGGAGACAAGUAGAGAUUUGCAGCGUGAGUUUCA